AUGGACCCGAGCGAGCUCGAGUCGACCCGCGUCGUCCCCGUCCCCGAGUCGGACCUCGCCCCACAAGUCGACGUCAACCCGUUCCCGCCAGGCGGCCUCCCUGCCGUCCCUGCGCCCCUCCCCAACUACCAGGACUUGACCGACGAGUCGCCCGAUGACUCGGACGAGGACUGGGACGCCGUCGUCGCCGCCGCCGAGGCCGCCUUCUCCGAGCAGGACAUCGAGGCCAUGCACCGCUUCCUCAAGGAGCGCGGCCUGUUUGCCUUCCUCAAGGAGCACCUCGAGCACCGCGCCAUCCCGCCCUCGACCCUCCUCCUCGCGUUCGGCGUCAUGAUCCGCCACGACGCCCCGCUCGCCGACCAGCUCCGCAUGCUCAAGGUCGCCUGCUCGCGCGUCCUGCGCAACCGCGACAAGCUCGACGACUACAACACGCCCGACGACGUCGUCGACCUCGUUCGGCGCAGCAAGCGUAUCCUAUUUCUCACCGGCGCCGGCGUCUCGACCUCGUGCGGCAUUCCCGACUUUCGCUCGCCGACCGGCCUGUACGCCCGCCUUCAGCUCGAGAACAACUACGAGCUCGACGACCCGCAAGACAUGUUCGACCUCGCCUACUUCAAGCAGAAGCCCCACGUCUUCUACUCGUUCGCCAAGGAGAUCUACCCGAGCGCGUUCGUCCCGAGCCCGUCGCACCGGUUCGUGCGCCUCCUCGAGAAGGAGGACAAGCUCUUGCGCAACUACACCCAGAACAUCGAUGGCCUGUUCGAGCAAGUCGGCGUCGAGCGCAUGCUCAACUGCCACGGCUCGUUCGCGACGGCAUCGUGUCUCCUGUGCAAGCGCCGCUUCCCGGGCGCCGCGAUCGAGGCCGACGUCUUUGCGUCGCGCGUUCCGCUGUGCCCGUACUGCACGCCCGAGCUCGAGGCGCUCGAGCGCGAGAAGGAGCGCGAGAAGGCCGAGCGCCCGAGGAAGAGGAAGAAGGUCGGGCGCGACGAGUGGGACGAGGGUGGCAGCGACGGGAGCGACGACGAGGCGGACGAGGGGAGGAGCGAGUGGGAUGGCAAGGGCCUCGUCAAGCCCGACAUCGUCUUCUUCGGCGAGGCCCUGUCGGACGAGUUCGACCACCGCCUGCUCGAGGACCGCGAGGAGGUCGAUCUCGUCAUCGUGAUGGGCACGUCUCUGCGUGUCUCGCCUGUCGCCCAGCUCCCCUCGCACCUCCCGCACUCGGUCCCGCAGAUCCUCAUCAACCGCGACCCCGUCGCGCACCACCAGUUCGACGUCGUGCUCCUCGGCGACGGCGACGGCAUCGUGCGCUGGCUGUGCAAGGCGCUCGCGCGCGCCGAGGGUGACUCGGCGAGCGGCGCGAGAGCGGGAGGCGGCAAGGUGCGGCCGGGCGAGAAGGAGGGCGUCAAGGCCGAGCGUCGGCGCCACGGCAACGGCGCGACCGCACCCGCGCUCUCGCCGCACGAGCCCGCCUUUACCGCCGCCGCCGCCGACCCGUCGACCGCCGCCGUCCCCUCCCUCCCCUCCCUCCCCGCAUCGGCUCACCCGCCCGCCUCGGCCGCCUCGACGACCGUGCCCGAGCGCGUCGGCGACUCGCACGUGUGGCUCUUCCCCGGCGCGAACCGCGAGAGCCGGUGGGUGCGCGCCGUGCGGGAGGCGUACGGGCCUGACGGCGAGGGCGGGCGCGAGGGUGCGGGCGCGGUGGGAGGCGGCAGCUCGAGCGAGGACGACGAGGAGGACGAGGGAGGAGAGGCCGAGCUGCGCAGGGCGCAAGAGGGUGACGAGGCGCCCGUCGAGCUGCCCGCGAGCUUGGCGCCCGGGGCGGCCGAGGGUCUGCCGUCCGACGAAGAGUCGGACGCGGCGGGUCUCAGCGAUGACGACGACGAUGACGAGGGCGAGGGCAGGAGGGGCGCUCAGGUCUGAGGAGGCGCGCGAGGUCGAAAGGGAGGAAGGAGGACGUCUCGCGCUCGGUCCUUCUCUUUUGUUGUUGUUGUUCUUGCCUCGAGCUUGAAACUCGCAGACUUUCCUUGGCC